UUGAAUCGCCAUCGCAUCUUCAGCCGGAUAGGAACCCCGCGCAGUAUAAUCAGUAGACAUCAGGUCCUGAGGGAUAAAGAGAUAAUUCAAAGCCGAGCCUAUACAUUCGCUUUUGAAUCGUCCGGACGCAUUUAACGGCGCUGCAAUCCUAAACUUUUCACCAGAAUUCGUUGGAACGUUGAGGAACUCUUUCCGAGCAUCGUCACACCCGACAAUAGCAUCCGUUCCAUCAUGUCAAAUCCAGCAAUUGGAAAUAUUUCAGCUAACAAAGCCACCAAUGUGGUUUAUCACCGGCCGCUGGUGAACAGAGACGACCGCGGUAAAGUGAUCGGGACGGGAAAAUUCCGUGGAUGCACCUUGUGGUUCACCGGGCUCUCCGGCGCGGGUAAAACGACGUUGUCGUUUGCGCUGGAAAAUUACCUGAUUGCUCGAGGCAUUCCGGCAUUCGGCCUCGAUGGAGAUAACAUGCGUUUCGGUUUGAAUUCCGAUUUGGGAUUCACUGAUGCCGACCGAGAAGAAAAUAUCCGACGUGUCGCUGAAGUGGCCAAACUUUUUGCCGAGUCCGGUGUCGUCACUCUCUGCUCUUUCGUCUCACCAUUCCGCGGGGAUCGUGAUCGAGCCAGGAAAAUUCAUGAUGAUGCUGGUCUUCCUUUCUUUGAAAUUUUCGUGGAUGCUCCGUUGAAUGUGUGCGAGACCCGCGACGUCAAGGGUCUCUACAAGAAGGCCCGUGAAGGACAGAUCAAAAAUUUCACCGGAAUCGAUUCGCCCUACGAAGUGCCACUGGAAGCCGAGAGUACCAUGAGAACGGGCGAGACAUCUAUCGUCGAGUGCACCCAAAAGCUCGUCGAUCUUCUCGUUGAACGGAACGUUCUGCCACCAGCCGUUCAAGCCUCGGUUAUCGAGCUGUUUGCCAGCGACCCAGCCAAAGCCAAAACUGAAUUGGAGACGCUACCGUCGCUAGAGAUCAGCGAGAUCGAUCUUCAAUGGGUCCAAGUCCUGUCCGAAGGUUGGGCUUCUCCUCUCAGAGGAUUUAUGAGAGAGAAAGAAUACCUACAGGUGGUGCAUUUUAACAGUAUCAACGACGGAGCGGCCGUUUCGAAUCAGAGCAUUCCCAUCGUUCUGUCCACUUCCACAGGGGAUAAAGAUCGAUUGGCCAAGAGCGAUGCCAUCGCUUUGCGCUAUUUGGGCAAACCAGUGGCCAUUCUGAGAGCGCCGGAAUUCUUCGAGCACCGCAAGGAGGAGCGAUGUGCCCGAACAUUCGCCACGACUCAUCCGGAUCAUCCCUACAUCAAGACGAUCAUGGCUAGUGGCGAUUGGCUGGUUGGUGGUGAACUGGAAGUCCUCGAGAGGAUCAGAUGGAACGACGGAUUGGACGAGUACAGGUUAACGCCCACCGAACUCCAGCGAAAAUUCUUUGACAUGGGAGCCGAUGCUGUUUUCGCGUUCCAACUGAGAAAUCCGGUCCAUAACGGCCACGCUCUUCUCAUGCAGUACACCCGUCAGGCCUUGUUGGAUCGAGGUUACAAGAAGCCAGUCCUCUUGCUCCAUCCAUUGGGCGGCUGGACCAAAGACGACGACGUCCCCUUGCCCGUCCGAAUGGAACAACAUCAGGCCAUUUUGGAGGAAAAAGUUCUCGAUCCAGAGAACACGGUGCUGGCCAUCUUUCCAUCUCCUAUGCUCUACGCCGGUCCCACAGAAGUCCAAUGGCACGCCCGAUCCCGGAUGACGGCUGGCGCGAAGUUCUACAUCGUUGGUCGUGAUCCAGCUGGCAUGGCACAUCCCGAUGCUGCCCUUAAGAAGGAUUUGUAUGAGCCGACUCACGGUGGCAAAGUGCUUUCCAUGGCUCCAGGUCUGGUCGGCAUUGAGAUUAUUCCAUUUCGAGUGGCCGCAUACGACACGAAGGCUAAAGCUAUGAACUUUUUUGACCCGGAGCGCAAAGCAGACUUUGAUUUCAUUUCUGGAACUCGCAUGCGAGGUCUGGCCCGAACGGGAACACCACCACCCGAAGGAUUCAUGUCACCAAAAUCUUGGGAUGUACUGGCUCGUUAUUAUCGGUCUUUGGUUAGCAGUUAAAAACUUGAUUGUAUGUUUCAAUGUUUAAGAUAGACGAAUCGACGUCUAGCAUUAUAAUUUCGAUUUUAAACCAUUAUACCAUUAUAAUUUUUGAUCGAAUUUUAAAUUCAAAUUGUUUAAUGUGCAUUUCGGCUGAUAGUUUCCCCCAAAAAUAAAUGUAUACCAACAAUUA